AUGCCAUCAGAAACACAUACUUAUAGCGGAAAUGUCUACUACUACGUGGGUGACGAUGAUGAAGAAAUGAACCUCAUUUUCCCUCCAGAUGUCGAUCAGAGCCUGCAUAAUUUUGUUACCUUUACAUCCAACAGUAUAGGUCUCCACAAAAAGCUUUUUGAACCACAGAAGCUUACAAAUAAGGUUGUCGUUGGUUCUGUGGCUUCUGGAAAAUCUUACAAAGAUAUUAAAGUUUUCAUUUCAGAAUACAUAAAUGACUGGAAGGAAAAACGGGCGGAAACCAAUAUUUCAUGGUUCAUAGAAUCACUGAAAUUCUACCAAUAUGUAACAGAAGCAAACAAGAUCUCAGGAAAUAAAGGGGAGAAAAAACAUCGCACGAAAGUGCGCAAAUCUUCGGAACUCGUCACUGGUGAAGGAAACAGCAAAGAAUCUAAGAUUCCCUUACUAGCUCACCCACAACCCAAGAAAGUAGCUGUUCCAGUGGCUGGCAAUGAUAGGAAUCAUAAAGUAGGAGCUACCGUUAUACCAUCGACUUCUACCAGAAAGUCUGUUACGAAGCCGAGCGAAAAUUCAGCAUCCGGAAAGCCUUCAGAAUUGAAGCGAGGGAGAACUCAGCAGGCAGAUGCACCAUUAGCAUCAAGAUCUAUCUCCCAGAACAAAGACCAACCACAGCAAAUUGGAGACAGAAGUUCCGACGGUGAAAACAUCAAAGUUGCUCCGCACCGUUCCAAUCCACCUUUAAUCGUGAAGCUACCAGUUACUAGUCCCAAUGCCUUUCCAUCUUCAACCGCUCAGCCACCAAAGAAACGAGGUAGACCCAGAAAAGUUUCUAAACCGGCUUCAAACUUUUCAGAAAGUACAACUAGAAGCUCUAGCCAGGCAUCCCAAGACAGAGAGCCCAGUCUUACUCGUGAAACUUCUAGACAGGCUUCAAUGAGGACUGGAAAAGAUGAGAAGGAAAAGAAGAAGAAAGGGCGAAAAGCUGGGACUAUGCAUUCCGGAAAGGGACUUUAUAAAGGCGGGUAUACUUUGGAGCUUAAAACCGCGGAGAAUUCUGGAUAUCGCGUGUGA